AUGUCAGGCUCAGUGGCGGUGAUGCUGGUGGGUCGCUGCUGCCCGACCCCUCUUCCUAAAUACAUCCCAGUACCAUCCAGAGCGGAGCAGAACAACGCACAGACUGUCACUUCGCACUGGUGUCUGGAAAGGUCUUUCCCAACCCCCACCCCGAAUCCAUCCUCCUCCAUGAAGAAGACCCAACUAACCAGUGGGAGUCCCAUGGACACUGUGAAUUUACCAAGAUGGAAGUGUUUCAGCGACUGCGGGCCCAGGUGGCAGAGCGCGCUCUGUAAUGAGUUGCUACUCACGAGCUUGACAACGAAGAAGAAGAAACGUUGGCUUCCUGAAUCUAACGUCAACGCUAACGGACGAGGUACAGACAGGCUACUGUCCUGUGAGCACUGUGUGUGCUUGUCAUGUUCGACGAUAGCGGACUCUUCAUAUGACACGAUGGACGACACUGAGAUCGAGGGGAUGGCCACGCCGUCAGGCAGCUCUUCCAUUGGGGAUGCAGUGUCUGGUAGAGGACAGAGUGCAUCUGAUGAAGAGGAGGACAUCUACUACAUCCCAGAGAGAAGACCUUCUCUGGACCUCGGGCCGACUCCAAUGGAUACUAGCCAUUGGCAUUCUGUGGAGCAGGCCUCACCUCCAGCGCUGAGCUACUGGUCAAUGACAAGUGAGGAGCUCUCAAACAGCAUGGAUGGUGAAGAUGGAUCCUCCACAAGGGUCCAGUUGAGCAGAGCAGAUUCAUUUUCUAGCUGCUACUCCUUGGACAGUGACGAUUGUGAAAAGAAAAUCCCCAAGGUUAAAAGCAAAGAUGACAUCGUCUCAGAGCCCUCUGAAAGACCUGAGUUAAUCCAAGACCCAAAUCAGAUUAGACAUCCUUCUCUGACAGUGGGAUUCACUUUUAAGGCUAUUUGUGACACCCUCGGGAAGCUUACCAAGGGAGACAUCAGGACAUUCAAGAUGUUGCUGUGGAAGCGUUACCCGCAGUCAUUCAACACUCCUCCCCAAGGCAUGGAUUUGGUGGAUCUUGUGGACCGGCUGCUCGAGUGUUACAACCUGGAGGUAUCUUUGCAGAUCACCAAGACCCUUCUUGCGGAUAUUGGGCAAAAGAAGAUGGUAGACUAUCUCUACACUUUGUGCCUCAGAAAUGAAGUGCGUCACGAUUUAUGUGAGAUUCUGAAGAGGACGUACGCCGAUGUCUGUGGGGAUUUUGCAAUGCAGGAAGAGAAGAGAGCCUUCGACGACAUCUUCACUGACCUCUACAUAACCUCAACAUGUGAUGUUGGCCCAAAUAUUGAACACGAGGUCAUGAAGAUAGACAAGCUGGACAGCAACCAGGAUGACGGGAAACCGCUUUCUACUAAGGAUAUUUUGUGCGCUGAAAGGAUGGAGCACUCAACCAUGAGGCUGAUGUUGAUCACAGGAGUGGCCGGGUCGGGGAAGUCUAUGGCGCUCAGAAGGUUGAUCCUUGAUUGGGUUGAAGGGAAGUCCCACCAACACGUGUCUUUCUUGUUUCCUUUGCCGUUCAGAGAACUCAAACAGUUUGAGGGUUCGAACAUCUCCCUGUUGGAAAUAAUGCAGACGCUCUACCCACCAACAAAAAACCUGAGGGAUGAGGAUUUUAAAAGCGACGACUGCAAACUGAUGUUUCUCUUCGACGGUCUCGAUGAGUACGAUGAGGAUCUCGACUUUCGAAACACUGGGCCGCUCAGUUAUUUCUCAGAUACCGGCAGCCUGAAUGUCCUGAUAGUGAACAUCCUCAGAGGGAGGCUGUUCUACCGCGACCUGUACGUGGUCACUUCCCGGCCGCAAGUGAAACGCGUCAUUCCUUACGAUACGCAUUAUGAUGAGAUAGACGUGCGUGGUUUCCGUGACUCCGAAAAGGACGGGUACUUUCAGAAGAGAUUUAAAGACGCAGAUCAAGCGGCUCAAGUUAUUAAAUAUAUCAAUUCUAUCAAAACCCUCCGCGUCAUGUGCCACCUGCCCUUGUUUUGCUCACUGGUGGCUGCCGAGUGCCAGCACAUAUUUAGGAACCAGGGGACACAGGCAGCGCUGCCCAGGAGCAUCACCUACAUGUACACAAAGCUGCUCCUCGCACUCACACGUCAGCAUCGCACAAUUAGAGCCCCGGAGCGCAGUCCAGAUAAAGAGAGAGAUUUCCUCAUGAAACUUGGGAAGUUGGCCUUCAGCAUGCUGGAACAAGGCCAGUUCAAGAUCGCCAGAUACGACUGGAAAGAGCAUGAAAUCGACGACGUGGAGGCGGUGACUAACAGUGGCCUGUGCACACAAUACAUCACAAAGCCAAUGGUGUUGCAUCAAGAGAAAGUCCUCAGCUUUAUCCACCCCACCAUGCAGGAGUACCUGGCUGCACUUUAUGUGUUUCUCACUUUUAGGAACCACGGGAAGAACAUUUUUGACCAGCAACUGAAACACAAGUUAAAGGUCCUGUUGAAGGGACACAAGGCGAUGGAGCUGUACAAGAGCGCCGUGGACAGAAGCCUGCUGUGCGAGGACGGCAGGCUGGACAUUUUCCUGCGUUUCCUGUUCGGAAUGGCGGUCACGACCAACCAGGAACUCCUCCAACCAUUCUGCAGCUCUUCUGUGAAGUGGACAGCAGCCAUUGAAGAUGUUGCGGCCCUCAUCAGGAAGAAGAUCAAAGAAAAUCAGUAUCCUGGUAGGAGAAGCAGCUUGGAGCACUGCUUGGAGGAGCUGGGUGUGUGAACCUAAGAGGAAGCAUUCAACACCGCUCACUGUGCAAAGUCAAAACGCCGUCCGCUGAAUUCCAGUUGAAAGGAAACUGUUUAAGACGUGUGUCUGUAUGGUUGGAGAAACAAGUUUGUAUUUCUAUGAAUCUCCACGUUACAUAUACACUAAUGGAGCCUUACAUAAUCACUUCUGAAGUUAAACUGAUGUACCAAAGAUGUGGAAACUUUUGGGGAUGAUGUGAUUUAAUGUGUGUUAAUAUGGAUUUAUAGAAGCUGGAUGAUAUGAUUACCUCUGCCAAGGGAGUUAAGGUUUUAGUGCCGUUUGUAUGCGUGUGUGUCAGCAGGAUUACAGAGAAACUACUGGCCCCAAUGUUCAUGAAACCUGGUGGAAGGGUGCAGCAUGGGCCAAGCAGAUACACAAGUUAUUUUUCACUUUUCAUUAAGUGUCUUUACACCGGUGUCUAUGGCAAACUGAGUUUGUUGGGUAAGCCAAAAACCCCUCACAGUUGAAGUGAAUGGUGUGCCACGACUACAGCAGAAGCACGACUGGACUAAUUGGCCUUGGCGGAGGUCUGCGAGUGCCUUAUCAGUUAUAUAUUUUUUCUGUUUUUAUACAAUAAAAUAUGACAAACUCUUUCACUGCAUUUAUAAACAAUAUCAUGUGUGACAAUGAAUAUUGUUCUGAGCUAAAAACCUAAAUUCCUUUUUUAAUUAUUUAAGCUGUGUCAAUUAAUAUUGCUUGUUGGCUGUGUGCUUUGAUGCUUUGGUGUGCAAUGCAAUAAUCAGUAAUUCUGUUGUUUAUCCUAAAAAAGUAUCUACUCUAAUCCCUGUAGUUCUGAUACCCACUGGUAAGAGGUCAUUGUUUGAAAUAAAUGACAUGAUUAAUAAUGAA